GAGAGUAUCGUUCAGUUCAUGAAAGAAAGCUCCUCGAUUGCCAUGAAUUCAAGAAAUAUUACCCGAAAUCAGAUAUCUGAACAUACAAUGAAGCAAUUCUCAAGUCUUCCAAGCUGUUUUCUUACGCCAGACAGCGAAGAAAAGCCAAGUAAUUUCGGUCGUGUUACUCCGACGUUGGAUCGGUCUUCGUCUGUGUUUCUCAGCCCUCCACCAUCACUUGAAAGGGGAAAUGUGCCAAAUUUUGCGAUCCCCACUAAACAUGAUCCACUAAAGGUUGAACUAGUCUUUAAUGAUGAUGGAUCAGAGCCUACAAGGAUCGAUCAGAGCCCAAAGCGCUCAUCGUUGCUGCAUGCUAACAAAAUAAUUGGACAGAUGAUCGGAAGAACCAAGGUUGAUUUCAUUGCUGAAUUAUUGGAUUUAAAUUGCGAACAGAUUGUUAAAACUAUUUGUGGCUUUCUUGAUGAUUCAGAUCUGUGCAGGUUUGCUUCUAUAUCUAAAAAGUGGAGAAAUUUUGUCCGAAAUACAAGUUCACCGUUACAUGAUCGUUGGAAAACAUUUAUCAAACAAAGAAAGCAGCACUGUGUUCAAAAGGGCAAGGAAAACAAGGGUUCCCCAAGUGCUGGCUUCAAAGAUCCAUCGCCAAGUAAUUUUACAAGAACACCAUUACUGAGCAUUGAUGUGAACAGAGAAUCAUCUAUCUCCCAAGUUACAUCAAAAAGUCAUAUGUYAUCUAAAACCCUACAAACACCUGAAUCUUUGCAAAGAACUCCACUAACAGAAACCUAUAGGCCUUGUCCUAACUGCUCUUCGCCAUCCAGAGUUAUUGUACAUAAAGGCUUCUGUCAAUGUCAGAGAUGUGAAUUUAAAUAUUGUGUKAAUUGYUUAAGAGACAUAAAUUCCCAUAAGGAGAACAAAUGCAGAGGGCUUGAUGCACCGCAAGACAGGAAAGAAAAGAGAACACGACAAAGAAARAAGGGAAUGGAACAAGUUGUUGGAAGCAAGCAAAAUAAAGUCUKGGCAAAAAGACUAUAAUCAUGGUCUUAAAACAUGCUUGAGGCUGGUCCUUGAGUAUAGAUCCUUAUGUAAAUAGUAUUUACUGUAUAUAUUGUACAUAUUAAAAGUAGAUAGGUUUUUAGUCUGUUUGUAAAAUACUAUAUUUAGAUUUUUUUUCAUGUAGAGGUGAAACCUUUUUAAGAGUGUUUUUAUGAACCUGUGAAACACACCUACAUUUUACCCUCUAAAUCCUUGUCUAUAAUUCUCUUGUAUAUUUUUUUUCUAUGAGCACAGGAUUUUCGAACCCUUUCUUUUCCUGCUUCUCUGCAGGUCAAAAAAUCCUCUGCUCACUGCUGGGUAAUAUUUUAAUAAAUACAUUGUGAUUCACAGGAUUAUAAGAACAACGGCAAGUUUAUUUUUUUUUAGUUAGUAUUAAUUUUAUCUUGAAGAUGUCUUACAUCAUUUAGAUUUGUAUCAUUUUUAUGUAAUAUUCUGAAAUAAAAUAUUGCUUAAAAUUA